CUCAUAAAGGGAUAAAUAAAAUUUUAACAAGGCUCUCGCAAUUUUUUUUCCAUUAUUGAAAAUAUAAACUUUCGAAAAUUUACAAAGUUUAGAAGUAAAUAAUUCCGGUAAUAAAUCAAAAAAUAGAAUUUACGUCUGGUCCAGCACCAAAUUACAGUUUGUUCCGCCUCCAGAAAAACACGCAUGCGCAGAGGACUUGUAAACAAUACAGCAUGGCGUCUAGAGCGGGUAAGCGUCCUGUGGGAAGACCGCGAAUUCUUACCGACUCGGCCAAAAAGAGAGCGAAAAGUGAAAUAAAUAAAUCAUAUUUGUAUAAGACUAAGAUUUAUCUCGGAGAUCAAUACGAAAGAUGGCAAGCAAAGAAGGAAGAACUCGGAGAAACGCACGCAGGACUGGCGAAGAUUCUACUUGACAGACUUGUAACGGACAGUGAAACAGAGGAUGCAGACUCAGCUGACCAGUCACUUACAUUGCAGAAAAAAAUAUCAACGCCUAUAUUAAAGAAAAAGCUACAUCUCCUCCCCCCAGAUGUAUCAGAAAUUUCAUCAGCUCUAAGCGAGAGUACUGAUACAGAGAAGCAACAAGAAGUGGCAAAAUCUUCUGCUCCACCAGUAACCAGUCAACAGGAAUCUCCUGGGUAUGCAAACAUUUGUUGACUUAUAUUGUAGUCUAUAUUUG